GGGAGGGGCGAGCGUGAGAGCCGCGGUCGGUGCCAGCGCGAUCACAAGGAAGCCGGAAGGGCCUGACGAGCAGGAUAAGGACAGCGCGGGGCCCCGGGUCACGGAAGCGAAGCAUGCUGGCUUCCACCGCCCGCAGACUCCUCAGUCACCACCUCCACCUCCUCAGCCGCUCACACUCCUCAGGUCCCAUUCGGUGACUGAUCAGCGUAACGGGUGCUCGCAGCGCUUUCACAUAAACAGAAUGGUAAGCUCCAGAAAGGUCCUCCAGACGGCCCCUCGGCGUGCCUCCCGCCGCCGACUCCGCUGCCAACAAGGUCACCAUCUGUAUCAAGAACUGUGCCCAGUGCAAGCUGAUGUACCACGACCACUUCAAGGGUGGCCUCUGCGCCGAGUUCUGCCUCCAGGUGGAAGGGCGCUUCAUACCCGACUGCGCGAACCCACAGGACCUCAUCCCGUUCUUCCUGGAGAGAUUAGAGUGAUUGUCAGGGGCCGAGUCGCGCCUCCGCUUCAACCCUCUCUCCCGCCAACACGUCCUCCGCUUUUCCGUGCACUCCGCGGAUAUGAUCCUGGAUGGUGUUCGCUGAAAUUCGUUGACUCUCAUCGGCUGAAAAGAUUGGUGCGAGAUCACACGGGGAGCUUCGCUUCGAUGUUCCCUCAAGAUUAUCGACGCCCAUGGUCUGUCGUGCAUGGUCUGUCGGUGUGGAUUUACUGUCAUCCGUUUUCCGUUGUGUAUAUAUUCACAGUCUGUUGACAAUUACUCUCCUCAUUCCAUUUACGUGUACUACAAUUGUAGGAAUCAUGUUCGAGUUAUUCACAAAUCAUUCCAUUACUUCAACAAAACAAAAAAGUUUAGAUAAUAGACUGAAGAUAAAGCAAAAUCCAGAAAAAAUAUAGAUGGUAAUUAUAUUUAAAUAGAUUGUAAAUACCUAUCUAUAAUUAUUAUAUAUUUUGAAUAAAUUUCUGAAAAUA